UCACCCGGGCUCGGCUCUUGCCUUCUCCACACUUGUUUGAUUUAUGAGGAAUCCAAGAUGAACUUGGAGCAGGAGAGGCCAUUUGUCUGCAGUGCCCCAGGCUGCUCCCAGCGGUUCCCGACAGAGGACCAUCUGAUGAUUCACAGGCACAAGCAUGAGAUGACUUUGAAGUUUCCAUCAAUAAAAACAGACAAUAUGCUCUCAGAUCAGACUCCGACGCCCACGAGAUUCCUGAAGAACUGUGAGGAGGUGGGUCUCUUCAGUGAGCUCGACUGCUCCUUUGAGCAUGAGUUCAGGAAGGCUCAAGAAGAAGAGAACAGCAAGCGGAAUAUUUCCAUGCAUAAUCCAGUCGGUGGGACGAUGUCAGGGCCUGGAGCUCACCAGCUAGGCAGCACACGGAUGCCUAACCACGACACCAGUGUUGUGAUUCAGCAAGCCAUGCCAUCGCCCCAGUCCAGCUCAGUCAUCACACAGGCUCCCUCCACCAACCGCCAGAUCGGGCCUGUCCCAGGCUCUCUAUCAUCUCUGCUCCAUCUCCACAACAGACAGAGGCAGCCCAUGCCGGCCUCCAUGCCUGGGACCCUGCCCAACCCCACCAUGCCAGGAUCUUCUGCCGUCUUGAUGCCCAUGGAGAGACAAAUGUCAGUGAACUCCAGCAUCAUGGGCAUGCAAGGCCCAAACCUCAGCAACCCCUGUGCUUCUCCCCAAGUCCAGCCCAUGCACUCAGAAGCCAAAAUGAGGUUGAAGGCUGCGUUGACUCACCACCCUGCUGCCAUGUCCAAUGGGAACAUGAGCACCAUCGGACACAUGAUGGAGAUGAUGGGCUCCCGGCAAGACCAGACGCCGCACCACCACAUGCACUCACACCCGCAUCAGCACCAGACACUGCCUCCCCACCACCCCUAUCCGCACCAGCACCAGCACCCCGCACACCAUCCCCACCCACAGCCUCACCACCAGCAGAACCACCCCCAUCACCACUCCCAUUCCCACCUUCAUGCACACCCAGCACACCACCAGACCUCGCCACACCCACCCCUGCACACCGGCAACCAAGCACAGGUUUCACCAGCCACACAACAGAUGCAACCAACCCAGACAAUACAACCGCCCCAGCCCACAGGGGGACGCCGGCGAAGGGUGGUGGAUGAGGACCCGGAUGAGAGGCGGAGGAAAUUUCUGGAAAGGAACCGGGCCGCUGCCACCCGGUGCAGACAGAAGAGGAAGGUCUGGGUGAUGUCACUGGAAAAGAAAGCAGAAGAGCUCACCCAGACAAACAUGCAGCUUCAGAAUGAAGUGUCCAUGUUGAAAAAUGAGGUGGCCCAGCUGAAACAGCUGUUGCUAACACACAAAGACUGCCCAAUAACAGCCAUGCAGAAGGAAUCACAAGGAUAUUUAAGUCCAGAGAGCAGCCCUCCUGCAAGCCCUGCCCCAGCAUGCUCACAGCAGCCCGUCAUCCAGCAUAACACCAUCACGACGUCCUCCUCAGUCAGCGAGGUCGUGGGGAGCUCCACCCUCAGUCAGCUCACAACUCACAGAACAGAUCUCAAUCCUAUUCUUUAAAAGGCAGUGGUUAGACCUGGCCUUUGAGAAGAGCUGGAACAUGCCAUACAUCCUUUCUCCAAAGGGCAUUUUUAGAAUUAACUCAGACCUGGAAGACGCCUCAGCCCUUCAAAGACUGGCUUUCAUUUUUAUAGUUAUUAUGGAAAUGUUGUCUUUUAUACUUAGUUAUAUGAGAAAAAGGGAGUUAUGCAAUGAAUAUCUAUCGCUUGGGAAAUGCGUUGGUGCUUUUCUCCAAUUUUCUGGUACCAGUUUCUUGUUUAUAAAUGGAAUCUUUCCUGUAUGUAGCCAUAAUUUCAUUCUUACCAGUCCAACCCUUUGCCUGGAACAAUGAAUCUUGUUAAACUACAGCUUUCAGCCAAAAUGAGGUAUACAUAGAUGUCAAGUAAGAUGGAUCCACAGUAACUGGGUGAGAAGUCUGAUGAUGUCAUAACUCAUGUUGAGUUUGUGCUGUGAUGUCACCAGAACCUCAGCUAAACACAUGGGCCUUCCUGAAUUUUUUUUUUCUUAUUAGAAAAAAGAAGUUAUGGUCCAUCAAUGUCCCAAGAAAGCCACCAAUCAUCUCAGGCCCUCUCCUGCUCUUGUCCAUUUGCUCAGACGUCCAAUAUCCUUCUUCUUCAAGACCACUUUCCUGGAUUCCUUAUUUACUCUUUGUUUGGACUCUCUUCGGGUUUUACCUGUCCGCCUUUAGCUUUGCAUGUGAAGAAGAAAAUAAUGUUUAAAGAAGAAGAAAAGCAAAUACUGAAACUGUGGACCUAGCCAUUGCUUCACUUGAGUUUAACCCACAGCUGGAGUUCAUUCAACUCCUGCCUUUCACAAAAAAAGUAACCAGGAGAUGUUUAAUGUGCCUGAUUUAACGUUUUUAAUAACCAGAGCAAAUAAAAGGUGGUUUGGUUAUAGGUGAAGCACUAUUGAGUGCCAGCAGUGGAGACGUUAGGGACAGGAACUUAGUAAGCCCCAACUGUGAAAGUCCAAAUUAGGAUGUGGGCUCUGACAUCACACCCUCGAAUUACAACUCGUUUCUAUGUCCUGUCUAUAAUGUUGAAAAAUCCAUGCACUAUAUAAUAGUUCAGAAGGGCUCUGUUCACUACACAGAUUACAUUGUUCAAUCAUCAGCUGCUAAUAGCCUAAGAUUUAUUAUUAUUUUUUCCCCUAAGCCUAUGGAACCAGCUCUGCUAUUCUGGUGGGCAAAAGCAGGCUCACUCUUGGAGACGGAGGGUGGGAGAAAGCAAGGCCCGUGUUUCUGCAGGGUGCUUGCAGUCUGUCGGAACAGACAGACUCUGGCCACCACCUGAGUUCCGUGGAGGUGACCGGGCGGAUGCACUCUUAGGGACAGUUCUGAUUUAUAUUUUCAGCAACUUCCAUGGACUUGCCCAUUAUGAAAAGCAGAUUAAACCCAAACCACAGUUGUGCCUCCUUGAAAGAAGCCAUUCUACUCUGCUGGUGUUUUAAUAUCAUGUUUCACAAAUGACAGGGGCUAAUGUUUCUCACUAGCAGUCUAGGCAUAUGUUGGUGUUUCAUCUCCGCCCAAAUACUUCACCUCCUAACGUGUGUGUGUGUGUGUGUGUGUGUGUGUGUGUGUGUGUGCGCGCGCACGUGUGCGCGCACGCGCGAGUAUGAACAGUAUAGGUUUUAAAAGAACAGUAUUUUACAAAAGCUGUCACUUUUAUAAGAGUUCAGUAAAGGAAGGAUGUACUUUUUCGCUCACUAUAGUUUAAAAAAUCUAUUUUAGAGGAAAAAAGAAAAUAUGAGGGCUCUGAAGCAUGAUUUUUAUAACUAGUUUCAGUUUCAUCUAAUAACUUACUUUUAAAAUCAAUAUUUAUCAACAAUUUUUCCAUGUAUGCCGUGCUUUUGAGAGACAGGUUUGACUGUUCAGUAAAGCUUAAGACUUGGAUAUAUGGCCUAAGAAUUAAAAAAAAAAAAAUGCAAAAAAAUAAAUAAAUAAAAAGAA